AUGGAACUGAAAAACAUUGCUGUUCUCGGUCCCGGCGGCAACGUCGGCACCGCCAUCUUGAACGAACUCCUCAAGGACUCGUCCUCACCCCCCUUUACCAUCACCCUGAUCACGCGCCAAACUUCGUCAUACACACUCCCUGCCAACCUCACCGCCACCAACAACAACAACACCGUGACGCACAAAACCGCCGAUUACACCUCCUCGGCAUCCCUCGAGUCCGCAUUCCACAACCAAGACGCAAUCGUAAACUGCGUCACGGGCAGUGCCACGCAAUACGACGCAUCUCGCCUCAUGAUCGACGCUGCCAUUGCUGCAGGUGUCAAGUUGUUCUUUACCAAUGAGUUUGUCGGUGACAUUGCGAGUCCGCGGUACCAGCGAAUGCCCGAGGCGUUUGUCGGUGCAAAAGUAAGGAUACGACGGGAUUUGGAAAUGCUGGCUAGCGAAGGCAAGAUUUCGUGGACGAGUUUGAACGGAGGCCCGUUUUUCGACAUGUGUAGGUGGCUGAUGAAGGGCCCUGCUGGUAUCUCGGUACGCGAUGCCCACGCUUGCAUCUACGGCACAGGUAACACACCUUUGUAUUGGACUCCGCUUCCCACUAUCGCGCGCGCCGCAGCAGCCAUGCUACGAGACCCGCUGCCCAUCAUGAACAGAGCAAUACAUAUAUGCCCUUUUGUCGCAGAGCGUGGAGCCCAGUCCUGUCUCACGCAGCGGACGCUUAUUCGCACGCUCGAGGCCAAGCUGGGUAAGCAGUUUUCCGUGGAAAAUGUCGAUGUGGAGCGCAUCAACAACAAUGCCUUGGCUGUGUUGGAAAAGUACGACAAGGAUUUGCCGGGAGGGAAGGAAAAUAUCGGGCUUGCGAUCAAAGGCUUGGGAAUUGGCAAUCAGUUUUACGAUGAGGAAAAGGAUGGCUGCCAUGGAGAUAAUUUCAGUCGGCUGGUGGAAAACGAGGUUGUGGGUGUGAAAACCAUGGGCGUGGAGGACGCGGUAAAGGACGCUAUCGAGCAGUAUGGCAGGGAUUGUGCAGUUGUGGAGGGAAUGUUUAGGGUAGAUGCUUGUGAGGUGUGA